AAUCAUGUUACUAGACUAAAUUAUAUUCUAUAACGCCCCUAAUAUAGUGCGCGGUGUUGCAUCUCUUGUAAGCUUGAACCAUCGCGACACCGACAGCUGCUGUGCAAUUUGCCUUUAGCGGGGCCAUGGAUUCCAAGGACCCUGUCCCUGCGGUAAAUACCAAAGAGAAACGUGAAAAAAGUGAACCGAUCCAACCCAAACUCGUCACUGUGAAAGAAGAAUUACCUAAAAAGCAUGACAAGAGUAAGGCAAGUGAUGAGGAGCCUAAACCUCGCAUUGUCCUCACCUUCCGCUCAGAAAAGCCAGGUAUCAAGAGCAGCAACAUGAAAAUUGUAUCUACUGAGGAGAAACAUGAGGAGACCACGGUGAGGAGGUCGACCAGGGCGCACGGCGCGGACGAGGAUGAGGCCAGCACCAGCAAGACCUCCGUCUACGAGAGCGACGACGCCACCUCCGACACCUCCAGCACCACCCCCAAGAGGUCAGUGCGGAACAAAAACAAAGACCACGGAGACAACAUCAUAGCAAGUGCCAUCGCAAGGAAAGAGAAGUCUUACAAUGAGACCACACCUAGCCCUGCCCCUUCGCAAAGACUGUCCCGACGAAUCAAGCCAACAGCCAAGAUACUUGCCAACAAGGAGCUCCGUAUAGGACUGGAGACUCAGAAUAAUGUAAGACUUGGCAUUACAGCGCCAACUGACAAGUCACCUGAAGAAGGUGUCCAAACUAGGAGAUCUUUAAGACGCCGCAGUCCUGAAGCCACAGUCUCAGAACCCAGUUCCAAAAUGGUGUCACCAGGUGAGGUCACACCGAAGAAACGAAAGGUACAGAAAGAGGAUCUUGAGCCUAAAGUAGCCAUAGAAAUAUCUCCGGCAAUGAAAGAACAAGAAGUAAGGCUGAAUAAGAUGAAGAAGAAGCACUUGAGUAAGCUUGGCCUGCAGGCGAUAGAGGGGGAGCCGCGGGAAGCCAACGAGGAGUCUCAGUCCAUGGACUCUACCAACACGGAGGCCGUGGCUGAACAUCUCAAUGCACAGAAUGAAGCCAUGGAUGUGGAUAUUGAGGAAAUUGAUGAGGAGGGACAAGAUGCAGAAGAUGAGGAUCUAGAAGACGAGCUGGCCAACAUCUACGAGGAGUUUGACGACUCCAGUGACGAGGAAUUCAGCCCGGCGCAGCAGCGCACCCCGCGCCGCUCCCUGCGCAGCGCGCACGACGACAGCAAGAGCUCACAGCAUCGGGACAGUCUGGAUGACAGCAAGGAGCCCCCGCGGCGGCGCUCGUCGCGGCUGCGGCGCCCGCAGUUCGAGACCUCCUCGCCCUACGCCUCGGAGCCCGAGGAGGAGGAGGCGCCCGAGGAAGUUUCCCCGCCGGAGGGCUCGGAGGGGUCGGAGGCGGCGUGCCCGGACGAGCGGCCGGCCGUGCUGGGCGCCUGUCUGUGCGAGGCGCCUAGCAAUGUGUACGCGGCGCCUAGCGAACUUGAAGAGCCAGUAUUCUGCCGAGCCAUCGAGACCUCCCCCUCAGGCCGCGUCGGCUGCUCGCACCCCGCGCGGCGCCUCGGCGCUUCCCAUGCCCCAUUACUGCGCGCCGGCCCUAGGACUCCUUAUGCACUGCUGUGUGAACUGCAUACUAGCUUAUUGAGGAAGCAUAUGUGUUGUACUACGUGUGGACUGUUUUGUACUCAAGGCAUAUUCUACCGCUGCUCGCUCGGCCACUUCUUCCACCUAGACUGCGGGCUGACGGCCCCGGCCAAGGCGGCGCCGGGCUGCCCCCACUGCGGGCUGCUGAGCUACCAGUGGCAGCGCCCGGCCAACUGCGAGUGCCGCCGCGUGCGCCUGCGCAUGGACUGCAGCGGCCGCCGCCAGCUGCUGCAUGAGCAGCGUGUUACUAGUCAACCAGCCUUCCUAAGCUUCUCGACACUGGACCCAUCCCAACUGGACCACGAGCCUUACAUCCCUGAAGACCUACUACCGAAGCCCCCCAUAGACAUCAAGAGUCUGAAGGCUCAACUGUCUGGGACCAACGGGGAAGUGUCCACGGCUGAGAAUGAGUUGAAGUUGAGAGAUGCUAUCGUAAACUUUGAGACCGCUGAGGAGCUGAUUUCUAAGAUUAACAUAACACGGGAAUACCGUGGCACCACACAAUACAUAAUUAUAUUUCUACUCACCUUAAAUGUACAACUUUCUCCCCCAGUGUCCGUGGACGUGAGCAAGCCCUCCUUAGCAGACUCGUGUCUCCACCUGGCGGCACAAAGUGGAAACCUUACGGCGGUUUACUUACUGCAGUAUGCUGGUGCUGACCUAAAUGCACAGGAUCAAGGGUUGAGGACGCCACUUAUGACCGCCAUUUCUGCACUCCUCGAGAAGUCUUCCAAGAAAUCAACAGACAAAUCGUCUAAAGCCUCGACAGACAAGGACAAAGAUACGGACUCGGUGUCGUCGCAGGAGAAGGAAGACAAGGAGAGCGAGCGAGACAGCACGAUGGACGGCGAUGACGCCCUGAAGCCUAAUGAGGAGAACCUGAUGAAGGUCAUCAGAUAUCUGAUUGCCGCUGGCUGCGAUGUUAAUGUGGCUGGUCCAGAAGGCAUGACAGCGCUGCACCUAGCAGCCCAAUGGGGCGGGCGCGCCGUCGCCGCCGCCAUCUUGAGUUCAGCCGCUGCCACGGUGGACGCGCGCGACCACGGCGGGUGGACGCCGCUCGUGUGGGCCGCCGAGAACAACCACCCCGCCGUGCUCACCACGCUGCUAUCAGCCGGCGCGGACCCCAGCGCGGCGGACGCGGAGGGCAACGGCGCGCUGCACUGGUGCGCGCUGGCCGGCGCCGCCGCCGCGCUGCGCCUGCUGGCCGACACAGGCGCCGACGUGUCCGCGCCCAACGUGCACUCCGAUACCCCUCUACACGUAGCGGCGCGGCAGGGACACUACCCCUGCGUCAUCAUCUUACUGGCGAGAGGAGCGAGAACGGACAUAGAGAACAGCGCGGGCGAGCUGCCGGUGGAGGUGUGCCGCGGGGACUGCCAGAGCGCCAUCUCGCUCAACAUGCAGCUGGCGCUCUCUGUGCGCGACUGUACCAAGCGGUUCAAGCUCAUCACUAGGUGAGUGUACACACAUGUACAGACGCACACAGAACACAGCGGGGACUGCCAGAGCGCCAUCUCGCUCAACAUGCAGCUGGCGCUCUCUGUGCGCGACUGUACCAAGCGGUUCAAGCUCAUCACUAGCGACAUAUCAAACGGCCACGAAACCUACCCGAUCCCGUGCGUGAACGAGAUCGACGACUCCGCGCCCGAGCCCUUCACGUACGUGACUCGCCACGUGAUGCCCACCCGCAUCGCCGUGGACAACACGCUGCCCACCAUGCAGGGCUGCAACUGCGCCGGCACAGACUGCUCAGCCUCAGCCUGCUCCUGCGCGGCGGUGUCGGUGCGGCGCUGGCGCGGCGGCGGCGGGCGCCUGCUGCCGAGCUUCCCCUACCACGAGCCGCCCAUGAUCUUCGAGUGUAAUUACACGUGCGGGUGUCGCCUGAGCCACUGCACCAACACGACAAUAACCAAGCUCACCAACCUCGGGGCCACAUUCGUGCGGACAGUGGUGUUCAAGCGGCGGCGCGGGGGCUGGGGCCUGCGGGCCGCGCGCGCGCUGCUCCGUGGCGCCCCUGCCGCCGCCUAUAUUGGAGAACUACUGCCGGCUGAUGAGGCAGACACCAGGACCAUGGAUCAAUACAUGUUCGGACUGCAUUUAAAGCCUACGCAUAUUGAGCAAUGCGUAGAAAAGACGCAAUUAUGCGUAGACGCAGCAGUGUACGGGAGCGCGGCGCGGUUCAUCAACCACAGCUGCCGCCCCAACCUGGCGCCGGUCAGGGUCUUCACCAACACCCGGGACCUGCGGCUGCCGACCAUCACGCUCUUUGCCACCAGAGAUAUUGCGGCCAAUGAGGAGCUCACAUUCGACUAUGGUGACAAGUUUUGGUCGGUGAAGUCUAAAUUAUUCAAGUGCGAGUGCGGAGAGCCCGAAUGCCGGUAUCCGACCGUGACGCAGGAUGAAAGCAAAUCGGAAACUGUAGAAAAUUAAUCAUUUACACCUAAGAUUUUUUACUCAAUUAGUUCUAUUAGAUAUACAUUUUACUGUUGUAAUAUUGUAAAUAUUAAUUUUAAAUUAUGUUAAAUGUAGAAUUAUUUAUAACAAUCAAUAAUUAGAUACAUAAGGUAUAUACAUACAUUCUGAUAAAUAAAUUACCUAUUUAACAA